AGUGGCCCGGACUCGCCCCUGUUAGCCGCUGGUGCGGGUGCGGUGGGAACGAGGGCAGAAAGGGCUCUGGGUUCCGGGCCAGAUCCGACGUAGAUCCGGGAGUGGCGCGCGCCUUCUCUACGGUGAGGGAACACAAGUGGGUGGCAGGAGAGAGGGGUCCGGCCCAGCGAGCGAAUGAAGGUCCGCAACCGGAAGUGUCUUCAGAGCCGCGUCGCACCCGGAAGUGUGACAGGAGAGCGGCCACAUCCGGAAGUGUGAUGCUUCUGCGGCUGCGGGAAGUAAUGGUACCUGGCCAAUUGAGAUACGGAGUUAAAACAGGGAUGUGCAGAUGGAGGCCGGAGGAGGCACUGCUGCCCCAGCCCCCGGGGACGCGGAGGACUUGGAGGAGAUGCGGUUCCCCAGUGGGGAGGCUAGAGACGGUGGAGGGAUUUGCAGGGACCUACCCGGUACUGGAGAUGCGAGCGUGGAGAAAACAGGAUCCGAGACCAAGGACCAGCCCCCCGGCCUGCUGCUCCAGUCCGAGGCUCCAUCAUGCACCUAUGGGCUCUGGGGUCCGGCAGCCUCUGAGAACAGUCCCGUGGGCGGCCCUGAGAGUGGCUCAGGGGGCCAGGGCGGGGACCCCAGUGACGAGGACUGGCGCAGCAAGCGGAAGCACGUGUUUGUGCUGAGUGAGGCUGGCAAGCCCAUCUACUCGCGGUAUGGUAGCGUGGAGGCAUUGUCAACUACCAUGGGUGUGAUGACAGCUCUCGUGUCCUUUGUGCAGAGUGCAGGAGAUGCCAUUCGCGCCAUCUAUGCUGAGGACCACAAGCUGGUGUUCCUGCAGCAGGGCCCACUGCUGCUGGUGGCCGUGUCAAGGACGCCUCAGUCAGCAGCACAGCUGCGGGGGGAGCUUAUGGCCGUGCACGCACAGAUCGUGAGCACCCUGACGCGUGCUAGCGUGGCCCGCAUCUUCGCGCGCAAGCAGAACUACGACCUCCGCCGCCUGCUGGCCGGCUCGGAGCGCACUCUAGACCGGCUUCUGGACAGUGUGGAGCGGGACCCGGGGGCCCUGCUGCUGGGCGCCGUGCGCUGCGUCCCUCUCGCUCGCCCGCUGCGGGAUGCGCUGGGUGCGCUGCUCCGACGUUGCACGGCGCCUGGCCUGGCCCUCUCGGUGCUGGCGGUUGGCGGUCGCCUGGUGACAGCAGCCCAGGAGCGGACUGUGCUGGCCGAGUGCCGGCUGGACCCAGCCGACCUGCAGUUGCUGCUGGACUGGGUGGGGGCACCGGCCUUUGCGGCGGGCGAGGCCUGGGCGCCUGUGUGCCUGCCCCGCUUCAAUCCCGAUGGUUUCUUUUACGCCUACGUGGCCCGCCUGGACGCCUUGCCUGUCUGCCUGCUGCUGCUCGGCACCGACCCCGAGGCCUUCCACGACAUGGCCACCUGCCGGCGCCUGGUCGAGGACGGCAUGCACUCCCUUGGGGCCAUGCGCACCCUCAGGGAAGCUGCCAGCUUCUCCAACACUCCAUCGGCCGGUGCCUCGGCCUACAGUGUGCAGGCUGUGGAGGCCGCCGGCCUCCGGCACUUCCUCUAUAAGCCGCUGGACAUCCCCGACCAUCACCGCCAGCUGCCCCAGUUUACCAGCCCCGAGCUGGAGGCCCCAUACAGCAGACAGGAGGAGCGACAGCGCCUGUCCGACCUGUACCACCGCCUGCACGCGCGCCUCCACAACACCUCCCGGCCCCUGCGCCUCAUUUACCACGUGGCUGAGAAGGAGACGCUGCUGGCCUGGAUUGUCUCUGAGUUAGCCAGCAGGAGCCAUGAUUCAGCCAGACUGGCCCCUGUAUCUUUUUGACACGUCUGCGUCGCGUCUGCGUGGCGGCUUAAGCACUUCUUACUUUCUGGCACGAGAUACUCCAAGCUCAUUUUGUACUUUCUCUGGGCCAGUCCUGAAACUGGCCAUCUGUCCAAUGAGCCCUGUACCUUUCAGUGGAGGACGGUAUUCCAAAACCAAGAUCUGGUAGGCCCAGGAUUUUAAAUCGGGCGGUCAGGAAAUGACAUCCGCGUAGGAAGGGAGGUCCCAGGUCGUGUGGGUAUCUCCAGGAACAGUACACCUGGCAGAGGGAAAGGACUGUGCAAAUGCCAUGAGGUAAGGCUGAGCCUGGUUAUGUUUGAGGAAUAGCAAGGAGAGGCUAGAGUGGCUGGAACAGAGAGCGAGGGGGAGAGCAGAGGGAGGUGAUGUGGAAAGGUGCUGGUGACCUGGUCAGGUUAAGCCUCUCAGGUUGGAAUGAAGAUUAAAUUGCGUUAAUCCUCCUAUUAUGCCCAGGCUACAGAUGAUAAAAACAGGUGUGUGGAGCUUAGAACAGGACUUUGUAUACAACCAUUGCUCAUUAAACGUUAAGCAUUGUUGUCACCAUCCCCAGGGCACACAUGAGUGAACUGAGGUCCAAAGAGUGUACAUACACACACACAGAGCCAGCAUCACCCAGCUGAAGCCACUAGAUCUCGCUGAUCCCUUGGCCCACUCAUGAUACGAUAGCAUCAGCUUACCCACUUUAGCCCAGUGACCAG